AGCAGCGGUGUUGUGCUAAGCAGUCUCUGACGCUGUCUCUCUAAAUAUUAAAUAACCUCUCUAACCAGUAAAAUGUCAGGAACACUCGACUUUAUAUAACUGAUCAAAUUAAAAUAAACGUUUUCCACCUGCAGUACCGGCUGUAACAUGGAGGUCGGCGAAGCUGUUUUGGUGUGAAUAAAACCCCAGUCAGCACCAGUAUCAACACAUCUGAGAGUUGUGCGUUGGUAAUUGCAUUCAAGUGUCAGCAGUGCCACGCCCACAGAAGAGAUGAACGGAACUGGAAACUUGAUGGAUUUCCUGGACGAGCCUUUUCCUGACGUGGGCACGUAUGAAGACUUCCACACCAUCGACUGGCUCAGGGAGAAAUCCAGAGACACAGACCGACACCGCAAGAUCACCAGUAAGAGUAAAGAGUCCAUCUGGGAGCUGAUCAAGAGUCUGCUGGACGCCUGGUCAGGAUGGGUGGUGAUGCUGCUCAUUGGACUGCUCUCAGGUACGCUGGCCGGAGUGAUCGACCUGGCGGUGGACUGGAUGACCGACCUGAAGGAAGGCGUCUGUCUGUCGGCCUUCUGGUACAGCCACGAGCAGUGCUGCUGGACGUCCAACGAGACGACGUUCGACGACCGAGACAAGUGUCCGCAGUGGCAGAAGUGGGCCGAGCUGAUGACGGGCCACGCUGAGGGAGCGGGAGCCUACGUGUUGAACUACUUCCUGUACGUUCUGUGGGCGCUUCUGUUUUCCUUCCUGGCGGUGUCACUGGUGCGAGUCUUCGCUCCGUACGCCUGUGGCUCAGGAAUCCCAGAGAUCAAGACGAUCCUCAGCGGCUUCAUCAUCCGGGGCUACCUGGGGAAAUGGACGCUGCUGAUCAAGACGGUCACCCUGGUGCUGGCGGUGUCGUCCGGUCUCAGCCUGGGGAAGGAGGGUCCUCUGGUCCACGUGGCCUGCUGCUGCGGAAACCUCUUCUGCAGUCUCUUCUCCAAGUACAGCAAGAACGAGGGCAAGCGGCGAGAGGUGUUGUCGGCUGCUGCAGCAGCUGGAGUGUCGGUGGCGUUUGGGGCGCCGAUCGGAGGAGUUCUGUUCAGCCUGGAGGAGGUCAGUUAUUAUUUCCCUCUGAAGACUCUGUGGCGCUCGUUCUUCGCCGCUCUGGUUGCCGCCUUCACGCUGCGCUCCAUCAACCCGUUUGGCAACAGCCGGCUGGUGCUGUUCUACGUCGAGUACCAUACGCCGUGGUACAUGGCCGAGCUGGUCCCCUUCAUCCUGCUGGGCGUGUUUGGCGGCCUCUGGGGGACCCUCUUUAUCCGGGCCAACAUCGCCUGGUGCCGGCGGAGGAAGACCACCCAGCUGGGGAAGUACCCGGUCCUGGAGGUCAUCGCCGUGACGGGGAUCACCGCCGUGCUGGCGUUCCCCAACCCGUACACCCGCCGCAGCACCAGCGAGCUCAUCUCUGAGCUCUUCAACGACUGCGGCGCGUUGGAGUCGUCGCAGCUCUGCGAUUAUGUUAAUAACCCCAACAUGAGUCGGCCAGUGGACGACAUCCCGGACCGCCCGGCGGGGCCCGGGGUCUACAACGCCCUGUGGCAGCUCGCCCUCGCUCUCAUCUUCAAGAUCGUCAUCACCAUCUUCACUUUCGGCAUGAAGAUCCCGUCAGGUCUCUUCAUUCCCAGCAUGGCAGUCGGAGCGAUCGCCGGGCGGAUCGUCGGGAUCGCCGUGGAGCAGAUGGCGUAUCACCACCACGACUGGAUCAUCUUCAAGAACUGGUGCCGGCCCGGCGCAGACUGCGUCACGCCCGGACUCUACGCCAUGGUGGGAGCUGCCGCCUGUCUGGGCGGGGUGACCAGGAUGACCGUCUCCCUGGUGGUCAUCAUGUUCGAGCUCACUGGCGGGUUGGAGUACAUCGUCCCCCUCAUGGCCGCCGCCGUCACCAGCAAGUGGGUGGCCGACGCCUUCGGGAAGGAGGGAAUAUACGAGUCGCACAUCCAGCUCAACGGCUACCCCUACCUGGACAUCAGGGACGAGUUCACCCACCGCACCCUGGCCACCGACGUGAUGCGGCCCCGCAGGAACGACCCCCCCCUGGCCGUCCUCACCCAGGACAGCACCACGGUGGAGGACGUGGAGACGCUGAUCAAAGACACAGAUUAUAACGGCUUCCCCGUGGUUGUGUCCAGAGAGUCGGAGAGGCUCAUCGGCUUCGUUCAGCGCCGGGAUCUCACCCUCGCCAUCAAAAACGCCCGUCAGAAGCAGGACGGCGUGGUGAGCAGCUCGGUCGUCUACUUCACCGAGGACGCGCCGCAGCUGCCGGCCAGCAACCCGCAGCCGCUGAAGCUGCGACGCAUCCUGAACCUCAGCCCCUUCACCGUCACCGACCACACGCCCAUGGAGACGGUGGUGGACAUUUUCCGCAAGCUGGGCCUCCGCCAGUGUCUGGUCACCAGGAGCGGGCGCCUCCUGGGCAUCAUCACCAAGAAGGACGUCCUGCGCCACAUGGCUCAGAUGAUGAACCAGGAUCCAGAGUCCAUCAUGUUCAAUUAGCAGCAGAGACGAGUCCGCUCCGCCCAGCGCUGUAACACUGUACUGCAACCUGAGAGUCCCUCCCACCUCCCGACAGGCAAGUCCCACAAACCACCGCUCCACGUCUUUUCAGUUCAAAGGUAGCACUACGCUUUUAUUUUGAAAAGGUAAACGUUUUCGCAGACUGAAAAGAAAAGAAAAAAAAAAAACCUCUCCUCUUUCUUUAAUGUCACCAAGUGAAAAGACGACGUUGCCGUCAGAGAGUCGAGCCUGUGUUCAGAGCUCAGGGAGUCGCAGCUGAUUUCAGCUUUAGGUUCUUCAGUUUCAGCUGCAAAUAAAACGAUUAUCAUCCGUCUCUCACUCGAUCAUCUCGCGCUGAUAAUUCAAAUCAAAGGUUUAAACAGGAAAAGACUGAAGACGGCAGCGACAGAGAACAAUCACAGGGUUGUUGCACCUGGAAAAUUUAAGAAAAUGAAUUUGUUAAUUAUCAUCUCUCUCUCUUUACACUUAUAUACAUGAUGCCAAUGUUGCUCUGGAGAAACUAUGACCUGAAGCUCUUUUAGUUGAGCGACGACUCAGUUCUCACAUGUUGUUCUAUGGAAUAUUUCUCAAGGUCUCCUCACUCACUUCCUCUCAGCCCUGUUGUCGCCCUUGUAAGUUUGUGCCUGUAAAUUCUGUGACCAAAGUUUGAAUAUUCAGUUUUCUGCCUCUAAACUCCGGAUCAGAAAGUUUGUGCCUUCAGUUUUACUCCUUACGAUACUGUGAAGCCAUUAGUGCUCUGAGAUCUGAUGUUGUCAUCCUGUCAAAGAUAAGCAUGAAACUGAAGCCACACACGUUCACAGGCAGAACACUGAGGGCCUGAGUUUACAGCUACAAACUCGUUGACAGUUCACUGGACGAUGAUGGAUGUUGAUAUCAGCGUUAGAAAAAUCACUUUUCAUCAGUUUAUUAAACAUCACACUAAAUCUUUAAAUCUGCUCUGGAGAUGAGACGUGCGGUUUAAUGAUAAAAUGGUACUGUAAAAAAUAAUUAUGAUAAUAUUAAUGGGACCAGUUGUGAGGUUUAACAAACCACUGAAUUCUCAUAUAACUGUAUAAACUCUCUGUACCUGAGUUUGGGACUGUUGCACUUUGUGUUAUGUGUUGCUGCCAUAUUUAUAUUAAUGCUGCCUGUAUCAAUGUUAACGCAUCAGUGGCUCCGUACAACAUGUUCCUGCUGCUGUGACCUGACGCCACAAACACUAAACGAUGCUUUCACUGUCAGAUCAGAAACGGUUCUUGUCAGUUCUGUUAGUUUUAGUAUCUUUGUUCAUUUAAUGAUGUGAAAAGGUUUAAAAAGCCUUAAAAUGUGACUCGGUUUAUUCUGAUUCUGCACAAACACUGAGGUCAGUGAUUCUCAUCCUGAAACCCGACGGCCUCCACACACUGAAGGUUUGACUGAGAACAUUUCUAAUUCAUCGAUCAGAUGUAUUGGCUCAUUACAGACGUACAGACUUUAGAUCACCUUGAAUAAGAUUAAACAUGUAACUUCCACACUGUCACAUUUACAGACUUUAAACCUGGAGAGAAGAAGCAGCAAAUAGAAUCUGUACGUGACGCUGUGACACUGUUGUUGUCGCUGUAGUCGCUCAGCUCAGUCAGCGCCACAGAGACGAGCAGAUCAAUGAGCUUUGUCUCAGGAUUUUAACGUCUCAGUCUCCGAAUGUCUAAAUUAAAAUCUGUGGAGGUUUGAUUCACAGAUAAAUGUUUCACAGUUGCACAAAAUCCCUCGUGUGUUGGGGCCUUUUUAAACGAGGGUUUCAGACCCACUAAUGAAGUUGUUUAUUAUAAGCUGCUGUCACAUAAAGAACUGGCUGUAGCUCUGCUGCUUGUGACUCUGCAUUAAGGAGCAGCGGCUGCAGGUGGAUUUUUACAGUGAAGGAAAAUUACUAAGAAGGUUUAAAGUGUCUAAUAUUUCUGUACAUUCACAAACGACAUAAAGAAAAAAGAGAAAAACAAACGUUAGUUUUCGAGUCGUGCUCCUUCAGUGUUUUAUCCGCUCGGUCACUUCCUGUGUCGUAAUAUUCGUUGUGUGAAAAAUAACCUCGGCCGGUCGGAGCUCCAGCUGCUAACUCUUCAUCAAAACUGGAAACGUGGAGGGAAUUAUAGAAACAGCAAAUGAUCAAUGUUUUGUUUUUUAAAUGCCAAGAGAAUGUACUGGAAAAAAUAACUGUGUAUAUAUUGAAGAUUUAUUGUGAGCAUUUUAAUUUAAUUUGAUUUUGUCAUUUUGUCUGAAACACUAAUGUUGAGCUCUGCUUCUUUUUUUAUGUUGAACUCUAAAAUAUUGAUCAGACUCAUUGCUGGAACAGAAAACACACAUUUGCACUUUUGUUUUUGUAAGUGAAAUGACUGGAAAAUAAACCUUUCACUUCAUCUGCAGAUGGUGAAUAA